AUGAACAGAGCCGACACGGGUUUUGACAAUGUCAUCGCCGAGAUCGUCGACGGCCAUGUCACGCAUAUCAUGUACCAGGACGAGGAUUGUGUGUUGGAGGAGCGAGAUUUUGAUAGCGAGAUGAGCCCCCCUGAUCGAGUGGGAGCGGCCAAAGAAGCGACUCCGGGAGCCUACGUCCUCCUGGGGCCGAAGUUCAACGAGUCCACCGAAUGGGUUCCCGGCCAGCUGGCCUCCCUGGGCCUCGAGGUUCCCCCGUGGACGAAGAUUGCCGCUGUAUUGACGGAGGAUUGCACGAUCUUCGUCUUCAUCCAGGACAGAUCCGGCCAGAUACAGGCUGUCUUCAAGCAACAACUAGAUGACCAGUGGCAGGUUGUCACCGAUCUUCCACCCACCGAGCCCUUCACUACCGCCCCUAUCUACGCAAUAUCGUUGGAUGACACAGUUCACGCGUUCUACGGCCAUCGCGACAGUUCCAUCCACGAACUCGUCCUGGUAGACGGCGUAUGGCAUGACCGCGAAGUGCCUUCUACCGGAGGCGGAUUGCCCAAAAGCCACAUUUCCGCGAUCAUCAUGGACGAUAGAUUCUUUCUCCAGUUCGCAGACAGCUCCGGGUCUGCCUUCGUCCUCAAGGACGGCAAAGCGCUACCGGUGGGAAGGAUGACGGAAUACGGGUUCCGGGAGUUCAACGAUGCGGAAGGUCAUGGUCCGAAGGAGUUGAAGUGGUAG